AUGAUCCGAAGCCGAGACUACGCCCUACACGUCAUGGCGCGGUUCUCCUCAUCCGUCUCGUCUCCCCCGUCGCAUUUCGUCCCCGUCGCUUUUCGUCCCCGUCCCAUCUCGUCCCGGUCGCAUUUCGUCCCCGUCGCAGCUCGUCCCCGUCGCAUCUCGUCCCCGUCGCAUUUUGUCUUCGUCGCACUUCGUCCCCCGUUGCAGCCCGUCGCAUCGUCCCCGUCGCAGCUCGUCCCCGUCGCAUUUCGGCCCCGUCGCCGCCCGUCUCCGCCGCUUCUCCUCGCCGUCGCACCACUAGAGCUCGCCUUUGCCUCCUCGUCUCGUUUCCCCACACCCGUCGCCUCUAUCCCGUCCCCUCUCCUCCCUGUCGAACUUCGUGCCUCCUCUUGCGUUCCUUCUCCAGCCCUUCCCCCCUUUCUCGCUUCCGCCCUUCAUCCACACCUCUCUUCUUCCACUCUUUCCCACCUCCCUACGUCCCUACCACCAGGGGAAGUCUCCCUUCCGCCGGUACACCAUGACUCACAUGAUCAAGUCCGGCUCGCUGGCUUCUCGACCCCGCUGCCACCCGGCCUCCGUGUCCCGCGAUCCUCCCUUCUCCCAUUCUCGCAUUCUCCCUUCCAGCCCUACCCACACCCCUUCAGCACCUUCCUAGUGCCGCCCUUCCGCCCCUCCUACCUACCUUUGUUGACUCUCAUUUCUCCAUCCUAUGCCGUUUCCCCCACCCCUCUCUUUUCCCCUUGGUGUUCCUUCCCCAUCGUGUUUGACUUCUCCCCUGCCCCUGUGCUCUGCUCCUCACCCGCGCCACGCACCUGCCCCCUGGUUCCCCUUUCCCGGCGCAAGUCGGAGAAGGAGCGGCGGUCCAGCUAUGCACCCCAGGCAUGCGUGCGGUACGACGGCGUCUACCACAUCGAGCGCUGCUGGCGCAAGAAGAGUAAAGUGGUGAGGAAAGGGGGAAGGGAGGGAGAGGGGAGGGGGAAGGGAGGGAGAGGGGAGGGGGAAGGGAGGGAGAGGGGAGGGGGAAGGGAGGAGAGUCGUGGUCCGUACCCCUCUACCGCCCAUACCAGGUCCGUACCCCUCUCCUCAGCCCAUACCAGCCCGGGGAGGAAGCUGCCGCAGGUGGCGGAGUUGAAGCAGGCAGUGGACGUCACAGAGCGCACCGGCCCGCCCGCCUGGGACUGGAUUGAGGAGAAGCAGCAGUGGGGGUGGGUGCGCGCGCCCCCAGCAUGCACCAAGCCCAUCGGUGGCACCAGCACAGCAUGGCGCUCCGCCAAGCGCCUCGCGGUGGGCAGCACAGCCGAGGCCGCAGGCGUGCGGUACGACGGCGUCUACCGCAUCGAGCGUUGCUGGCGCAAGAAGAGCGCCGUGGUGAGAAGGGGGAAGGGGGGUGGGCGGGCGUGCAAUGAUGGCGUCUACCUCAUCGAGUGCUGCUGGCGCAAGAAGAGCGCCGUGGUGCGUUGGAGAGGGGGAGUGUGGAGUGACGACGUGGGGGACAGCCCGGGGAGGAAGCUGCCGCAGGUGGCGGAGUUGAAGCAGGCGGUGGACGUCACCAAGCGCACCGGCCCGCCCGCCUGGGACUGGAUUGUGCAUGGGUGGGAUUGCAUGUGUGUGCAUGCGUGCACACGUGAGGAGAAGCAGCAGUGGGGGUGGGUGCGGCCGCCCCCAGCAUGCACCAAGCCCAUCGGUGGCACCAGCACGGCAUGGCGCUCCGCCAAGCGCCUCGCGCACAGCUUCUGCCUCGCGUGCCUGCAGCAGCGCUUCCACGGGCAGGCCGACACACGCGACCGCUCCAAGACCGCGGGGCGGUCGCUGCGCGCACAGAAGAUCGUCAAACAAUGCCCCGCCGCACGCUGCACCGCUGACAUUGCAGACGUGCUGUCCCGGCUGCAGGUGAAUCACGACAUGGCGGAUUUGAUCGCCAUGCUGCUUGCAGAGACGAAUGCACCAGAUGCAGAGGAGGGGGAGGACGCAGGGGAGGGCGGUGAGGAGGAUGGGGAGGAGGGCGCAGAGGGAGAGGAGGAUGAAGAGGAUGAGGGGAAGGGCAGUAGAGGUAAGGACGAAGGGAAGGAACGCGAUGGUAGCAUGGAAGGUGCAGGAGAGGAGGGGGUGAAGGAGGAAGGGGGGAGCACGGGGGUGCAAGUGUUAAAUGCGAUUGGUGCUGCGGGGAGCGGAGGUGGUUCAGGUGAGGGGAAGGCCAAGGGCGCGCAAGGAGAGGUCGAUGGGGGAAGGGAAGGCAGUGUUGAUGGCGGAAAGGCUGGGGGAGGAGGUGCGUUGAGUGCCACUUCAGAGGCACUGGUGGCGUGCAGCUCGCUGGCAGCCGCUUCAGAGGGGUUGCGGGAAGUGAUGAGGGCCUGCCCGUGCGAGACAUGCUGGUGCUGGGAGGGGGAACGGGGGGGUGUGGGGGGAGAAUGGUGCUUUGUGCGAAGGGGGAGAGGGGGGAAGAAUGGUGCUUUGUGCGAAGGGGGAGAGGGGGGGAGAAUGGUGCUUUGUGCGAAGGGGGAGAGGGGGGGAGAAUGGUGCUUUGUGCGAAGGGGGAGAGGGGGGAAGAAUGGUGCUUUGUGCGAAGGGGGAGAGGGGGGAAGAAUGGUGCUUUCUGCGAAGGGGGAGAGGGGGGAAGAAUGA